CUUAACUACAGGUCCAGAAGAGUUCAGCGAGUUUAUAGCAUCGAAGUGUCAAGUCCAUUUUGAUUUUAUUCAGUGGGUUGGUGGGGACACCACAAGGGUCUAGGCAAUUUGGUCGACCCCGGACACCUUUUCCAAUGAGCAUAAAGCAUUUUUAUCUCCUCGUCCUCUUGUCCGGACUGGCAGCUUCAGGCUUGUUACCGGUCAGUGGGCUGAGGGUGGAAACGUCGGGGGAGGUGGAGGCAGUGAACGGUACAGAUGUGUGGCUGAAAUGUACCUUCCAGAGCAGCUCGCCCAUCACCCCAGCAACGCUCACGGUCUCAUGGAGCUUCCGACCCAUCGGACCUGGCCGUGAGGAGUCAGUGUUCUAUUACCAUGAGAGGCCUUACCCUCCCCCGGACGGGCGUUUCCAUAAGCGGGCGAUAUGGGCAGGUGACAUCAUGGGGCGGGACGCCUCCAUCGUGGUACGUAAGGUCAAGUUCACUUACAAUGGGACAUUCAGCUGUCAGGUGAAGAACCCUCCGGACGUCCAUGGCAACGCAGGGGAGGUGAAACUAACCGUGGUCACCACAGCCUCCUUCUCUGAGAUUAUCAUGCUGGCUGCAGCCAUCGGGGGCGCCAUCGUGCUGAUGGUCAUCUCCCUCGUCAUCAUCAUGUCAAUAAGACGAUGUCGCGAGAAGAGACAGGAGGAAGAGGGGGCGGAGGAACUACCUCGCAGACAGAGAAAGGACCCUACCGUGUGGUAAGACAGAGAGAGAGGAGCAAGAGAGAGUGGGAUCUCUCCACCCUGUCUUCCCUCUGGCUGGGCUGUGCGGUGCUCACCUCUGGGACUGUGCUCAGUCAAAUGCUCUGUCUGCGUGGACACUCUCCUCUGAACCUAGCUUUGGAACCGAAACCUGGACCUAUAAUUGGGCAGAUGCUUUUACAAAGAGCAGACUUAAAUGCUAAAAGUGCCUUAGAAUACUACUGUAGAUGAUCCAUCUGCUGGAUCCUGUAUCUUAUUGCCAUGCACCUUUCUGGAAAGACAGUAUGCCUGCAUUCAUAUUUUCCUAUAUUUCCUGUACAGUGUUUCUAUUGUGAUUUACUACUAACCAUUUUCAUACUCUAACAUCUACCCAAUCAAUUUCCAAUCGCGUAGCACUUAGUAAGCCAAUGCCCAUGGUUGUAUAGGUACCAGCAGUCUCUCUCUCAUCUGGUUCAAUUCCUUUCAACCUCAAGUCCACGACAAGCUGUCUUUACAUUUCCGUCUCAGUUUACUGCUGAUCAAUGAUAUUAUUUUGUUUUGUUCUGAAGUGAUUUUGUGUUUCUAAGCAGAUGUUUUUUUUUAUCAGUAAAAAUGUUCAACUACUGCAGAAAUACUCAAAAUAAUGUGAAUAUUCACUGCAAGACUCAAGACACUUGUUUAAAACAGACAUUUAUAAAAUAUUAGACUCAACAUGAAGUUGGUUAUACAAAAUCAUUAUGUUCAAAUGCUUAAAAAUGUCAAAGAAUUGACUAUUUCACUAUGACUGUCACUGUAUUGCAGUUGUUUUAAACCUUUAGAUGGUUGACACCCGAUGUCUAUGUUUUAGACAGUGCAUUUAUGGUCAGUUGAACACAUUCUAUUUGAUUUGGUGUCUAUGGCAUACACAAUAUAUCAGUAGGGUUCCAAAUCUAUGGUCUAUGGGUGAAGGGACUACUUUGCCUCUCAUUCUGUUGGGUUUUCUGAUCUCUGUGCAUUGGGUGCUUCUUUAGGUUUACAUUUAAACAAUGUCAUGUGUAACCACAUAUGCAAAAGAAAUUGCCCUUCGAAUCUCACCAACAAAAGCCAACUCUACAUGGAAGGAUUUUUUUUUUCAAACAACAAAAUCCAGACCAAUUGAUUAAUCCUGAGCAAACAUGGUGUUCCAAGAUGGCUUUGCUUGAAAAGUUGUUAUUUUCCCCUCAUCUAAAAGGCCAAUUCCUGCUCAACCUUUCCCGUCUUUGGCCUCUGACCUCUGCGGCUUUGUCUGCGUGUGUGUAUGUUUGUGUUUGUUUGUGUGUGUGUGUGUGUGUGUGUGUGUGUGUGUGUGUGUGUGUGUGUGUGUGUGUGUGUGUGUGUGUGUGUGUGUGUGUCUUAGCCACCCUGCAAGGGCCAUCCACCUGUAUAUGGACGAUGACGUGCUAGAGGUUGACAGCUCGGACGGUAUGAUCUCUGAGGCCAGCACCAAGGACCCCAGUUCCUCUGAGGAAGACGACAAGAGCUCUGACUACGGCGGAGGCGAUGACUCUGACUGAGAUGGGGACAGUGAAUGUUGGCUUUAUUUUAGGCGUUACCUCUAUGUGCUUGUGGUAAAACUUAAUCCAUAGUUAUUUUUUUUAAA